GGGGCCGGCAGCCCGGCUGAGCCGUGGGGUUGGCGCGUCGGCCGCCUCGGAAAUGCCGGCUGAUUUUCUGCUCCUAGGCUCUGGUCAGAAGCUGGAAGGGGCCCGGGCGAGGCACGCGCGCAGCUGUGCUUUGGAGCGCGGCAUUGACAAUGUCUGUGGAGGGCAGAGGCAGCCGGGCUGCCCAGGGCGAGGAGAGAGCCCUGGAGGCUGCAGGUCCGGGGCUCGAGGACGUGCUUGCCCAGCCGGAGGACGUGGUGCCCUCGGGAGUCUCUCAGGAGUCACCCCACAUCAAGACGGAGCCCGACGAGGCCUCGCCAGAGGGCGGGGCUCAGGCAGCGCGGGGCCUGGCAGCCCCAGCCCAGGUGGCCCUGGAGAAGGCGCCGCUCCUGCCCGGCGCAGCCCUCCCGUCCCCCCAGGUCUCCGCCCGAGAGGGCAGGACCAGAGACCCGCAGAUGGCCGCGGCACUCCUCACGGCCUGGUCCCAGAUGCCGGUGACCUUCGAGGACGUGGCUCUGUACCUGUCCCGGGAGGAGUGGGGGCGGCUGGACCGUGCACAGCAGAGCGUCCACAGGGAAGUCCUGCAGAAGCGGAGCGGGCUGGCCUGGGGGCUUCCCUUCGGCAGACCUUUCUGGGCUUCCCAGGUGCACGGCAAGGGUGAGGCCUCCAGCGCGGGGCGGCCGGCAGCAGCAGACGCCGAGGGCGGGCAAGAGGAGGACCCCCACCCUCCGGCUGCCCUCGGGGGUGUGGAGUCCCUCAGAAGCGGAGUGGGGAGAGCCUCAGGCGAGGUCGCGCCCUGCGGUCGCCUGGCAGCGGGUGGCCAGAGCUCGGGGCCUGCCCGGGAGGCCGGGCCGCCGGCGCCCACGGAGGAGAGACCACCCAGAGUCGGGGCUACCCGGUCUUCAGAAGCGCUGAUGAAGCUUGUAGUGAAGCAGGCACACAGCAGCGCACCUCCCUGGGGAAUGGCAGCCCCCCUGGAACCUCAGGACCAGGCCCCUGGGGAGGGAGAAGGGCUUCUGAUUGUGAAGGUGGAAGAUUCCUCUUGGGAGCAGGACUCAGCCCAGCAAGAGGACGGCAAGGAUGCCGAGGCCUGCCGCCAGCGCUUCCGGCACUUCUGCUAUGGGGACGCAGGGGGGCCCCAUGCGGCCUUCAGCCGCCUCUGGGAGCUGUGCUGCCGCUGGCUGCGGCCCGAGCUGCGCACCAAGGAGCAGAUCCUGGAGCUGCUGGUGCUGGAGCAGUUCCUGACAGUGCUGCCGGGCGAGGUCCAGGCCCGGGUGCGGGAGCGGCAGCCCGAGAGCGGCGAGGAGGGCCUGGCCCCGGCCGGCGAGGCCAGCAAGAAGACCUACCGGUGCGCGCAGUGCGGCAAGGGCUUCAGCUGGCACUCGCACCUGGUGACGCACCGGCGCACGCACACGGGCGAGAAGCCCUACGCCUGCACGGACUGCGGCAAGCGCUUCGGCCGCAGCUCGCACCUCAUCCAGCACCAGAUCAUCCACACGGGCGAGAAGCCCUACACCUGCCCCUCCUGCUGGAAGAGCUUCAGCCACCACUCGACGCUGAUCCAGCACCAGCGCAUCCACACGGGCGAGAAGCCCUACGUGUGCGACCGCUGUGCCAAGCGCUUCACCCGCCGCUCGGACCUGGUCACGCACCAGGGCACGCACACGGGCGCCAAGCCCCACAAGUGCCCCGUGUGCAGCAAGUGCUUCACGCAGAGCUCCGCCCUGGUCACCCACCAGCGCACGCACACCGGGGUCAAGCCCUACCCCUGCCCCGAGUGCGGCAAGUGCUUCAGCCAGCGCUCCAACCUCAUCGCGCACAACCGCACGCACACGGGCGAGAAGCCCUACCACUGCCUCGACUGCGGCAAGAGCUUCAGCCACAGCUCGCACCUCACCGCGCACCAGCGCACCCACCGCGGCGUGCGGCCCUACGCCUGCCCGCUCUGCGGCAAGAGCUUCAGCCGCCGCUCCAACCUGCACCGGCACGAGAAGAUCCACACCUCCGGGCCCAAGGCCCUGGCCAUGCUGAUGCUGGGGGCGGCGGGGACUCUGGCCACGCCCCCGCCGGCCCCCACCUAGGGCCCGCCCCACAGGGGGGUGCUGUGGGGGUGAGUGAGGGGCUGGGAAGGGAGUGGGGGAGUCGUGGCAUGGGGUGGGGCAGGGCUGCUGGGAGGAGCUAGGGUGAGGCAGGGCCCCCACUCUAGCUGCACAUUAAAGGCCUUGGAAUUCAAGCCACCUCCUAACGCUCGGUCUCCUGGGCCCUGCUUCGGACCCUGGCGAGGGCCACUGGCCACCCUGUGACCGGCAUCCCUGAGUCACCCUUCCUGAGCUUGGUCCCUUCCAUCUGCUGCUGACCUUUCCAGAGCCCGGGGCCACGACAAGAGGCAGGGAGCCCAGGCUGGCUUGCAGACCCAAAGGGGAAGGCCACUCCAACCCCAGCCAUGGCUGGCUGCCUUCCUUCCUGCCUGGGACUUUGCCGUGGGGCCCUGCGCGCUGUGGCUCCCCGGGCA